AUGAGAAAAAAAUCUUUUUAAGAUAAUGGAAUUUAUUUAGAAAAACAUGCAAAAGCAUUACUAGAUUAUUAAUAAACAUCAGAUUAAGAAGAUAUUAAUACUUAAUCUAAAUAUCGAAUCAAAGCUAUCAAAUAUAAAAAUAAUCUUUUAGAAUCAUAAGAAGUAAUUAAAGCAUUAAAAAUGGAAAAUUAAGAAAGUGCAAUUGAUUAGAAAUUAAUUAUUUAGAAUAAAUUAUUAGCGAAUUACUCUUAGAUAUUGAAGAAAUGAGGGAAAGAGAAAAAUUAUUAGAAUCUGAAUUAUAAGAAUAAAAAUAACUAACAAAAUCAGCAAUUUAAUAAUUAGAAUAAGAACUCUAAGAAUCUGUUGAAGAUCGAUUACUUUAAGAAUAAAAGUUAUUCUAAGAAAAACUUAUUAUCUAAUCAAAUGAUGCUAUUGAAAAACUCAAGAAAAAUUUUGAUGAAUAACUCUAAAUAAUUGCACAAACACAUCACCUGCCAAAAAAAAAAAGAAGAUACAUCUUUUAGUACAACAAAUCUAAGACCAUAAAGUUAAACUACUGGUAGAUCUAAUAUUAAUGUAGCCAAAAAAAAAAUAAUAUACAUAAAUAAAAUUAUUUGUUAUUCUAUCAAUGUAAAAAAAUUUACCAGGUGGAAAUUCUCAUCUCAAAUCCAGUUUACAUUUACAUGAUAUUGUCUAUCUUGGUGCUCACAAUUCACCUAUGGCUAGUUGUUAUGGAUGGAAAUACACACAAUAAAAUGUGAC